AUGGACACCAAUCUGAAGGUCUCUGACACUGCUAGCUCCCCUGUGAGCGAUCCUACUGAUUACCAAAGCCUUACUGGAGCAUUACAGUACCUCACCUUUACUCGCCCGGAUAUCUCCCAAGUCUGCUUUCACAUGCACUAUCCUUGGGAGCCUCACCUAGCUGCUGUGAAACGGAUUCUGCGGUACCUUCGUGGCACACUUGACCUUGGCCUUACUCUACAUCAUUCUUUGCAACAGGAUCUAGUGGUAUACUCUGAUGCUGAUUGGGUCGGCUGCCCCGACAUGCGCAAGUCUACAUCUGGCUAUGCUGUGUUCCUUGGCGAUAAUCUCAUUUCCUGGUCCUCAAAGCGACAGAACAUUGUGUCCCACUCCAGUGCUGAGGCUUAG